UUAUGUUGGCAACCAUGAACGGUGUUGCAACACACACGAACAACGCUGCAGCUGCAGCUGUUGGUAAUACUAACAACACCAGUGCAGCAGCUAAUCCAUCAAAAAUUCUUGGUGUUCGUCAGCACUGUUAUCUAUGCGAUCUACCCAGAUGGCCAUGGGCUAUGUGCUGUGAUUACAAUGAGCCGGUAUGUCGAGGCUGUGUAAACUAUGAGGGACCGGACAGAAUUGAAAGUGUUAUUGAAACGGCUCGACAAAUGAAAAAAGCUUAUGGUUUUGCAAUUGGUGAACAACCAACAGGCACGGCUCCAGUUCGAGCUAUUGCUCAAGUAAUAAUGCUGUUCAGUCGUUUUUCACCAGCAGUUAAUCGAGGUGUCAAUGCAAUUACAGCAAUUCAGGCCCCAAUUGCCCAACAACAGCAACAACAAGUUGCUGCUGCUGCAGCUGCUGCGGCUGCAGUUCAAAUGCCACAGAUUCCACAACUUAAUACACUUGCUGAAGCAUUUGCUCAACAACAACGAUUGAUGAGCUUAGCCGGUAGGCAACCAAAUCAGUUUACUGCCGAUGAACUUCACCAAUUACAGCAAAUGCAACGACCGAUACAUCCACAAAAUUUGUUGAUGCAACAUGGUUUACCAAUAAAUAUGUUCCCAAAUUUGGUUGCAAGUAGUGUGGCAAAUCUCUUACCACCAAAUGCGACACUUAAUCCAGCAGUUGCUGCAUCACGUAAACGUGAACAUGAAAUUGAGGAGAUUAAGCCAGAUAUUUACGGAAAAGUACAACGAGGUAAAGCUUUUUUUCUUCACUUUUUUUUUGCU